CACACACUUUAUCAGAGGUACUUUAUCUCGAUGAAAGUGUAAAGUGAUUCUUAUAAGUCAUAAAAUGUUGAGUUGUAAUGCAGUUGUCGGUUUAAUUGUGGCAGCCGUCGUUUAUGGCACUGCCCACAGUAUCGUUGUGAGAUCACACUACGAAGAAACCAUCUCCUAUCGCCGAAAUCCAGAGUGUGCACCGAGUACUUUGGACAAGGGCAUUAAAUGUGCUGACAUCGGAGAAACAAUGACGGUUCGAGGAGGUCUUUAUUCCAAUUACGAACUUCACUAUGUGCCGCUAGCAUCAGCGUAUUACGUGGCAAGAAUGGCAGAUGCUUUGGGAUAUCAAAGGGAAUGUCCGUCAAACACCACCUUCCUUCGAGAUUUGGACAUUCAAACACCUUGGAGUGGUACUCAUGGUGCUAUUGCGAUAGAUGCCACAUGCGGCUUGAACGAUCUGAUCCGUAGAAAAUGCACUUUCCCAACUGAUGUUUACCCCUUUCUUUGCACUGGAAUCAGUGGCACUCCGGGAACGUACGGGAGAAGACUCGAAACACUAUCCUACAACAGUAUACUACAGGGUGACAACAACAGAUGGGCCCUGUUCGUUCAUUGCUGGCGAGCCAAGACUCCACAGAAUCCAGAAUCGAACGAAAUCGCUACAUCAUUUAAUGUGUUCAAUUUGGAUCCCGUAUUUACUAAAGCCGACAGAACUAAAGUCAUAAAUGAAUUGAAACGGCGUGGAUUUAACACCGAUCCGAAGAAUCUUAUUGAAUUCGAUUAUGAUGGUACGCCAUGCAUGUGCAAGUAAUCUGAGGCUCCGAGGGUUUUUUUUUUGUAAUUAAUUGGAGUGUCGUGGUUGCAUGAACUUCACUUGCAUUGCACGAUUCUGUAAUAAAAUUCUGACCUU